AUGGAAGUCGAUGAUAAUGAUAUGGAACACCCAAUUUCGAGUACAACGGGCAAGACAGAGAAGAAACGGUUCGAAGUCAAAAAGUGGAAUGCCGUCGCUCUUUGGGCAUGGGACAUCGUCGUUGACAACUGCGCCAUUUGUCGUAAUCACAUAAUGGACCUCUGUAUAGAAUGCCAGGCAAAUCAAGCUGCUGCCACAAAUGAGGAAUGCACCGUCGCGUGGGGAGUCUGCAACCACGCGUUUCAUUUUCACUGCAUAUCUCGAUGGUUGAAGACACGUCAGGUUUGCCCGUUAGACAAUCGUGAAUGGGAAUUUCAAAAGUAUAUUCAUGUUAGAUGCUCUUUUUAUUUUUAUUGCAUAAUAAUUUAUUUAGGUACGGACAUUAAAUGGUACCUGAUGGUUGUUUUCCAAAUUCAUUGCUCUUUUUGUGCAUAUUAG